CGAAGUAGGUACCUAGGUAGGUACCUACUUAAGGUAGGCGAGCAGACUACUAUGUAGAGCUUUGGUAGCAUGUGGAUUAGGGAGGCCCAUAGGUACUAACUCGAAGAAGAAUUCUAUUAACGCGUGAACGCGUCUGGAGCGAAUAUCUCCAUUAUCCUCCCGCGUCAUACUGAGUACCUAGCCUGGCCUUUUUUUUCUUUCUUUUUUUUUGGCCCUCUGUUUUCGAGGCUGGGUUUGGGCCUUCAAGCUCAACGCGAGCAAUUUGCGAACGUGAUGAAGUCAACGUUUACAUCAUCAUCAUAUUAAAACUACGGACACGCCGGCAACAAUGCAAAGCAAUAAGGAUCCCAGCGUGGUCCCCAUGUUUCCCCCAAAGCCGCCCCCGCCCUCAACUUCGAAUCCUAUCCCAUCGUCUUCGCCCGCUUUCGGAACGCCGGCACAUACCCUCAAGCCAUUCUCAAUUGUCCCACCGUCCAAGGCGACUAUCUUGCCCAUCCUCUUGCCGCCCGCCACACUAAGACCGUUGGCAUUUCGCACCUUCACAAAGAAGCAUAGCUUGACACUCGCAUCCACUGCACUGCAAGAGCUCGCCGCAUUCAUAGGACGCCAUUGCGGUUCAGGAUGGCGCGAGGAAGGGCUGGCUGAGAAAGUUCUUGAAGAGGUCGCGCGGAGUUGGAAGAAUCGCAAUGGAGGCGUUAUCGUCGAUGGGAGCAGCCAGGAGCUCAAAGAUAUCCUCAAGACCCUUGAAGGUAAUAUGAGUGGUGGGAGAAUAGGGACAGCCCCGGAACCCAGUCGCCAGAAUAGCUUUGUCCUCGAUGUGGCCCAAGAAUCUGAUCUCUCCAAUACGAGGCUUGGGCUAAGGCCAGCGUCGAACCUCACGCGCGAGGACACUCAGACGAGCUUUGGCAUGUCUUCCCUCGGAAUGCAAGAGUACGAACUCGACGAUGAAGGGCUCAAUCAUCCACGGAACUGGCUGAAGGUUGUAAACGCCUUUGAUCAACCACGCAUGCUCUACAACAUUUCUAAAAAGCAUUUCGAGAGGGACUCCUCUAAACCAUCCCUAAUGCCGUCGUCAUCGCACAAAACGACGUUAUUUAGGAAUAGAUACAAUGUCAUACAUCAACGACUACUACGGAAUGAGACAUUUCAGAGUUCCGCCGUUGCUACCACAAAAGGCGCCCCGUCGCUAAAGCGGUCCUCAUCUUCGGGGUUAACUAGUCAGCAAACCCACAAAAUUACGCCCAUCGCCAACCUGCUCGGUCGACAUGGUACACACCAUAUGCUUCUCGGCAUGUUAUCCUUCCUCCCAACAGGUAGUCUAGCUAUAAAUGAUUUAACCGGAACGAUUUCACUAGAGCUAUCCCACGCCGUAGCCAUCCCGGAGGAUUCGGCGUGGUUUACACCAGGAAUGAUCAUCCUAGUUGACGGCAUAUAUGAAGAGGAGGAGGAAUCCAUAGGAAAAGGUCUGGGUGCUAGCAAUGGCAUUGGUGGCGUCAUCGGUGGACGCUUCCAAGCGUUCUUCGUUGGGCAACCUCCCUGCGAGAAGCGAAAAGCAACUCUUGGUAUAAGUGGGGUUGAUGGAGGCCAGGACCAUACCAUAGGGGGCGGCUUUGGCUGGAUCGACUUCUUGGGAGUUGGCAGUGAACGAGCAGUGGGUCCCAAGAUGCGCAAAGUAGAAAGGCGCCUAUUACAACAAGCACAAGAUGAUCCAGACCUACCCAGUCGUAGUCGGAUUAUCAUCGUUGGUGAGUUGAACCUCGAUCAGCCAAGGGCGCUACACGCCCUGCGCAAAAUUCUAACAACGUACGCUGUGGAGCCGGAGGGCUCAUCACCUAUGACUUUUGUCCUGGCGGGUAACUUCACACAACACGCGGUAAUGGCUGGUGGAGGGGCGAGCGGAGGAAGCGUCGAAUAUAAAGAAUACUUUGACUCCUUAGCCUCAGUGUUGACAGAUUUCCCGACCUUACUUCAAAGCUCAACUUUCGUAUUCGUACCUGGAGACAACGAUGGCUGGGCAUCUUCGUUUUCGUCUGGGGCCGCUGUCCCUCUACCGCGUAAAGCGGUGCCAGACAUAUUCACCUCGCGUAUACGGAGAGCAUUCGCGACCGUGAACACAGAAGCCGGCGCCCAUCAUGGAACAGGUGGCGAAGCCAUUUGGACUAGCAACCCGGCUCGUUUGUCCGUUUUCGGGCCAUCACAUGAGAUUGUACUAUUCCGUGAUGACAUGUCAGCGCGUCUGCGCCGAACGGCAGUCCGUCUCAAAAACUCAGCAUCUUCGACUUCAAACCUUGAGAACCAAGAAAUUAACACUUUGCCUAACCAAGCCGAAUCGCGUGGCGCUCAGAGUUCUAAUGAUGACGAUAUCGAGAUGGCUUCAGCACUAGAAAAUACAGAUAACAUGGACGUCGAACCCUCCGCUGUAAACAAUAAGUCCAACCCUAAACCCCCGGACAUCCCCCACGACGUCCGAACCGCUCGCCGACUUGUCAAGACUGUUCUUGACCAGGGAUAUCUGUGUCCAUUCCGCCACGCGAUUCGCCCGGUGCACUGGGACUAUGCCAGUACGCUACAUCUCUACCCGUUGCCAACAGCCUUGGUGCUCAUCGACACGACGGCGCCACCAUUUGCUAUCACGUAUGAAGGAUGUCAUGUUAUGAAUCCGGGUCCCAUGCUUGUCACUGGGCGCCGUGGCGUUGCGCGCUGGAUUGAGUAUGAGCUGGGCGGCACAGGAAGAGUGAGAGAGUGUUUAUUCUAAUUUAUGAUGUUCUCAGGAGCUGACAGGAGGGCAUGAAACUCGGCCUGGGAAAACUUGUGAGCAUAUAUAAAUGAUUUGUGUGCAUAGCUUGGGGCGUAUAUGAUUGCAUUUACAGAACAUGAAUACAUACAAUAACGAGCAAACUCGUAGAAGGUCGCUUCGCUCAAUAGACAAAUCAAACGUGCGUAGAAAUAAUGAGUCUGAAAACAAUACUUCAUUACGUUUUAUUAUUAUAAUAAUGCAGGAUAGUGGUUGUUAAAAGAUAACUAAGAAAACCAAGGCCGUCUCCUCU